AUGGCCGAGCAACCUCCCCAGAUCCCCUCGGUGGACCUCAAUCAUGAGAAAGACUCUCCUCCUAGCUCCUCCGGUACCGAUAUUGAGCGACCGCCAGAACCAAAAAUCGAACAACACGCCUCGAAGCCCCCCAGCGGCCCUCCUCCUCCUCCCAAUGGCGGCCUGGUCGCAUGGCUGCACGUCGCCGGUGGCUUUAUGCUCUUCUUCAACACUUGGGGUAUUUUGAAUGCAUUCGGGGUGUUCCAGACGUAUUAUGAGUCGGAGUUCCUAUUCCACAGAUCCUCAUCCGAUAUCUCAUGGAUCGGCUCCAUUCAGGCGGCGAUGCUGUUGUUGGUGGGAUUCUUCACGGGGCCCAUCUACGACCGGGGAUACCUGCGAGCGCUCCUUUUGGUCGGUAGCUUCUGCAUUGUCUUCGGACACAUGAUGCUCAGCAUCUGCAAAACAUACGGGGAAGUGCUCCUCGCGCAGGGUUUCUGUGUCGGACUCGGUGCUGGCUGUCUCUUCGUUCCCUGUGUCUCUGUCUUACCCACCUACUUCAGCACCAAGCUGGGUAUGGCUCUCGGACUGGCCGUGUCCGGGUCCUCUCUCGGGGGUGUGAUUUAUCCUAUUGUCCUGAACCAACUCAUUGGCCCCCUGGGGUUCGGCUGGUCCGUCCGCGUCAUUGGCUUUAUCGCCCUGGGCACUCUCCUUGUGCCGAUUGCGGUCAUGAAGCAGCGUGUGAAGCCACCCCGGGCGCGAGCACUUAUCGACUGGUCAGCAUUUACUGAUCUUCCGUACAUGGCUUUCGUCCUCACUUCACUGAUCUCUUUCAUGGGCCUCUUCGUGCUCUUCUUCUACAUCUCAUACUUUGGAGCAGCCAAGCACAUCACCGACAGCCGUAUGGCCUUUUACAUCGUUCCCAUUCUCAAUGCUGCCUCAUGUUUUGGUAGGACCAUUCCCAACGCCAUGGCAGACAAGCUUGGACCUUUCAAUCUGAUCGCACCAUGCUGCAUCAUGGUCGGCGUGCUCGUUCUCUGCCUGCUGAGCGUCACCACGGAAGCUGGUUUGAUUGUGAUUGCAGUCUUCUCCGGCUUUUUCAGCGGUGCUCUGAUCGGUCUGCCGCCUCUUUGCUUCGUCGCCCUGACCAAGGAUAAGACCAAGAUCGGUACCCGUAUCGGCAUGGGCUUUGGUAUGAUUGGUCUUGGUGUUCUCGCUGGUGGUCCUGCGGGUGGUUCCAUCCUCGCUCAUCCCCACCAUAGUAAUUGGAAUGGCCUGUGGGCAUUCGGAGGUGUGACCACUUGUGUGGGAGGUUUUAUGUAUGCUGGGCUGCGUCUUGUCCUCUACGGGUUCAAGCUGAGAGUGAAGGCUUAA